AUGAUGUUCACCGCAACUUAUCGCAAUCUUUCUUAUGUGCUCCUGUUAUACCUUGGCCUCACCACCUUCCUAUUCCAGACAGCAUCAUGUCUCGCCGUCCCUUCAUCUGAAGAUACAUUCAACGAUAAUUCCAAGCGGGCUGAUGACUCUGGCGAUGUUUACUUGCUUGGUGUCGGCAAGGCUGAUGUGACCGGCCCUGUCGUCGAGCUCAAUCUCAUGGGAUAUGCCGACCUAGGGCAGAUAGGAACAGGUCUGCGCCAGCGCCUUUACUCUCGCGCUUUCAUCGUGGGUAAUCCAGAUGAACCUGAGGAGAGGUUUGUAUACUUGGUUUUGGAUACCCAGUCUGGAGACACUGCUGUUCGCAGAGGUAUCCUUGAGGGCAUCGCAGCUCUUGGAUCUGAAUAUUCGGUCUACACUUCUGACAUUGUCGCCGUCACCGGAACGCAUUCACAUGCUGGGCCAGCAGGUUGGAAUAACUACCUCAUGCCUCAGAUCUCCGCUCUCGGAUUCAAUCAGCAGGCGUACCAAGCUAUCGUCGACGGCGCAGUCUUGUCCGUCAAACGGGCACACGAAAACCUCGCCAAAGGCCGUCUUAGCGUAGGCAAGAUCCGCAUUGAAGAUGUCAACAUCAAUCGAAGUCUUUAUGCGUACCAGGCUAAUCCCAAGUCUGAGCGGGACAAGUACCAGGAUGAGGUCGACAAGGAAUUAACUAUGCUCAAGUUCACUCGCGACUCGGAUAACAAGGUCACUGGUGUGCUGACAUGGUUCUCGGUUCAUGGCACAAGUCUUUACAUGAACAAUACCCUUGUCGCUGGUGAUAACAAGGGUGUGAGUGCCUAUCUACUCGAGCAGGCUGUUCGUGGCACCAAUGGAGCGACAGAUGAUUUCGUGGCUGGCUUUUCACAAGCUGCCGUCGCUGACACUACGCCAAAUGUCGAAGGAGCUUGGUGUGAAGAUGGUUCGGGACAGCAGUGUGACUUUAAGGACGCGACUUGCGGAGGCAAGAUUGAGACCUGUCACGGCAGAGGACCUUUCUGGGGCUUGAAUGACGGAGGCACCAAAUCAUGCUGGGAAAUCGGUCGUCGCGUCUUCAAGCAAGCCGACAAGCUGUACAACCAGAUGCAAAGUGGAGAUGGCGUUCCGGUCACCGGAAAGAAUGUUCUCGGAUAUCACUCUUUUCAUGACUUUUCCGAUUUCUCCUUUCAGCUACCCAACGGCACCUCUGCAAAGACGUGUGCUGCAGCCUUCGGGUACUCCUUUGCCGCUGGAACUACCGAUGGCCCAGGGUAUUUCGACUUUAAGCAGGGCGACUCCGGCGAACCCGAUGCUAGUCCCUUCUGGGCCCUUGUAUCAAAGUUCUUGCGCAAUCCUACCAAGGAGCAAGUUGCAUGUCAGUCACCCAAGCCGAUUCUCAUUGACGCCGGUGAGAUUACACUACCUUAUGCCUGGGCUCCCAACAUUGUGGAUAUCCAGAUGCUGCGUGUUGGUAAUUUCUUCAUCAUUGUUUCAGCACCUGAGCUUACCACUAUGUCUUCGCGACGUUGGCGCAAGAGUAUCAGUGAUGAGAUCAAGGAUAGAGGUGGUGUUGAAGGUGAUCCUAUUGUUGUCGCUGGUGGACCGGGCAAUACCUAUGCGCAUUACUGUACUACACCUGAAGAGUAUGAUGUGCAGCGCUACGAAGGUGGUUCAACUGUCCACGGUAGACAUAGUCUUGAUGCGUACAUCAACCUGACCACGAGCUAUCUCGGAUACCUCCUCCAAGAAAAGGGCGCCUCAAAGCCACCGACUGGCCCAUCUGCACCUGAUAAUCGCAAGAACUCCAUAUCUCUCACCACAGGCGUCGUUUACGAUAAUCCCAAGAUCGGCACCAAGUUCGGCGACGUUAUCAACGAUGUGAGCAAGUCAAAGUUUGCAGUUGGCGAUACCAUCGCCGCUACAUUCGUUGCAGCCAAUCCACGGAACAAUCUUCACCUGGAGGAUACAUAUGCGGCGGUUGAGAAGAAGGACGGGUCCAAGUGGGUUCAAGUUCGGACUGAUGAAGAUUGGGAUCUUGUUUUUGAGUGGAAGAGACUUGAUGGGUUGCUUGGGUCUAGUGAGGUUGCUAUCACGUGGGAGACGGGGUGGCAGGAUGCGAAGGAUAUUGGUUCAGGAACGUACAGACUGAGCUACUAUGGGGAUAGCAAGACUCCUAUUACGGGAGCGAGUGAGAUUUAG